GCGGUGCAUUGUGGGAAACUCCCAAGUUCUCUUCCUUUUUUUUUUCCUGCUCUCCAUCCUCCUCCUCCUCCUCCUCCGACCGCCGCUCCCCCUCUGCUGAAGCGGCAGUGCCGGAGCCAGGACCGACCACCCGGACUCUCUGAAGGCCACGCUAGGCCCCGGGCCAUGCCCAGCGGGCACACCGGCUGAACCCCGAGGGAGCCGUCCGCCGCGUCCGUGACCCCGGAGCCCGCCGCCCGCCCCGCUCCGCGGCCCAGCCACCUCCGCCGGCCACCCCCUCCUCGCCCGGGCACCAUGGAGUCCAAGGGCAAGCAGCCCACCGGAGGCCCCAAGGCCGAACCCAAGGCCACCCCCGCCCAGCCGGAGAAGGCCCGCCCGACGGCCGCCCCCGAGAAGAAGGAGACCCCCGAGAAGCGCGAGCUGCCGGUGCCCCCCGCCGUGCCGACCCCCAAGAAGCCCCCCGCCACGGCCCUGGCCGACCCCGCCCUCCUCAACAACCACAGCAACCUCAAGCCCGGGCCCGUGGCCCCCGAGCCCGCCGGCCCCGAACCCGCAGGCCCGACCCCGGACUCGGAGGCCCGGGGGGCCGGGGCUGGGGCCGAGGAUGGGGAGGCCGCCGGCGGGGGCGGCUCAGGGGUCUUCGAGAACCUCAAGCCACUGCUUCUGGCCGGGGGGGCAGCCGUGGCCCUCCUGGCCGUGAUUGUCGGGGUGGCCUUCCUGGCUCGGAAAAAAUGAUCCGGCCCCGGGACGGCACGGGGGGCCAGGCGGAGGAGGAGGAGGAGGAGGAGAAGGAGGAGGAGGGGGGAGGAAGAGACAGGGGGCCGGGUUACAGCUAGAGAAACUUAUUGUACAGCUCUUUUGAAAUCAGCGCAUGCAGAAAAUUCUAUACAUAUCUAUACAUAUAUAUGUAUAAAAAUAUAUGCAGAUAGAUUCAUACAGGAGAGAGACAGAGAGAGAGAGAGAGAGACCCCAAUGAGGCUGGGGUUCCCCUGGUCUUGCCCGAUGGGUAAAACUCGCCCCAGGAUUGGAAUCGUCUCUAAUAUAGCACCUCACCCCAUCAUGCGGCGUCUGGUUGACAGCUUCUCUGGAUCAGCACCAACAUCUGCGUCCACCUCCCCAAACCUCCCACUACCACCCAAGGAGAUUCUUCAGCCUGCUCCAAGCUGGGCCUUCCUCCUCCUCCUCCUCCACUGCCUCGUCCUCUCCCCGGACCCCAGGGGAGCCGGCCCCAGUUGGGGGGGUGGCGAGUUGGCGCCCACUGGGAGGGGAACCCACCCUAAGGUGGGGGGGACGGUGAUGCUGAGUCUGCCUCGUCGACUGUGGGGGAUGAGGAGGGGUCUUCGUUGGUUCUGAGCCUGGGGUGCAGGGCUUCACCCGCACCUCACCUUCGCCGUCUUGGGGGCACCUGGCGGGUGGGGGAAGGGGAGGGUAAAAAAAAGGGAAGUGAGGGGGUGCGCGGAGGAGAAGGGAAGGGCCAGGGAGCAGGAAGUGAGUGAGGCUAGAGGGGAUGGGGGCACAGUUUGUGGAAGGGAGAGGAGGGUGUGGCGGUGGGCACAAGGAGAGAGCCUUUCCGAGCCAACCACUGGCCCCCCCCGCCCCACUUCUGGUGCCCCUCAAAGGGAGCAGUGGCCAGAGGGAAGAGCUCUGCCACUCCUCCAACCCCCCACCCUGAAGGUCCAGGCCCCCAGACCCACACGCAUUUCCUCAGCUCACCCCCCUCUUUCCUUUAAGAUCUCCAGGCCUCCACAUCUUGUCCCUCCGGGACAUGCGGGGCCUGGGCCUUGACCGUCUCUUUGCACCAGAGGCCAGAGGACAAGGGAGAGGGGAGGGGUGGGAUGACUCCCGGACCUUCACCCACCUCCGGUGGGGGGGGUUGCACGUCGUGACAUUUGACCCCAAGGGCCACCCGGGCACUGAGGCCUAGAUCGGAUGCCUCUGACUCAACAGGCCGGCCGGCGGGAGUUUUGGGGGGGGGGGGUCAACCCUGGGUCGGGGAGGGGGUCCUUCAGCAGCUGGGAGGAUCUGGGGGAGAGUCCCUGGGAAGAGUGGGAGAGGGGAGGAAGGUAUGAUCCUGGGGUCUCGUUCGGAUGGCCCCCUCCCCCACCCUGCUCACCUGGCACCCCAACCGGGGGCAGGCCCCGGGUACGCCUGCAGGCGUGUGAAUGCGUGUGUUUGUGUGUGUGUGUGUGCGCGCGCGUGAGAAACCACGGCCCCCCUGAGUUGUCCCGUGAGCAUGUGCGCGGGUGCCUGAAGGCGAGCCAAGGCUGACGUGCGUGCGUGUCCCUCCACUUCCUGCAGUCUUUGUCACAGCCACGCGGCCCAGAAUUGUCGGCUCGAUUGAGAUGUCCCCUUUCACUUGUGCAUCUGCGGUUCCCACGCGGUGUCCGGACCUCCUCCCCCGUCCUCUCUCCCCCUCCUCGAGCAGCCCAGCCCGCCCUGCCUUGGGAGAAGA